AUGGACGACUCAACCGCUGAAGUCGAAAUCAUCACCGUCAUUGCUCAGCUUGCUCGGCCUCGCGCAAAAGAAGAAGAAGGGUCGGAAGGAGAUGCGAGAGUUAGAGAACUAGAAUGGGAGUGGGUACAAUGUCUCAAGAUUCAGAAGGCAUGUAUUCUCGAGUUCUCUCCUAAGCCUUACAAAUGGAUCCGGCCUCUAAUUGACGGCAACUUCUCUGUAUAUUUUCAUGUCACUCCAGCAGAGCUCUCACGGAUGUUUCCGCUGGACCCCUAUAUUGCUGAGCCCUACUGCGCCACGGGAAGUACGACUGAAGCAUGCUGCGAUGGCUUCAGAGAUGAAGUUGAGGGCCGUGAUGUACGAUGCGUUGCGUCGGAUUCUCUCGCCAGGAGCUGCGAUGCCACACAUCUCAUUGGUCAGAGUAAGGGGGACAUUGGUAUCAAAGUACUUACCAAUGCUCGUAGCCGUGACGAGGACAAAAAUGAUUGUAUCGAUGAUAUUGACGACAUUCGUAACGGCCUCUUCGUGACAAACUUUCUCCAUCGGGCACUCGCGAGCAGAGGUGUGGCCUUCCUUGUGACACCGAACUUCGCGAUGUCUACCAACGACGUCGAUCCCACCUUACAACCAGAUGAGCAGCGAUGGACCAUUCAUAGCUUCGAAGCCGUCUUCAAUCCUGAUUUGCGUCAUAAUCGCGUCCACAACCUUCUCGUCCCUCACGGCCAGGCUCUCCACCUUCCUGUCGAUCGAACUUCUUGGCCUCCGGGCAUCCUCUUUGAUGCUGUCUAUGCCGCAGCGGUUAUGAAAUAUUUCAGUCAUGAAGAUUUCUCUGCCUAUCUGAGCCAGCAUUGGCAAGGUCGUUUCUACCUGGAUGGCGAUAUGGCACAGAUUGAGCAUGAAAGAGAGCAGAAUGCUAUGAAGAAAGCACAACAGAAGCGGGAGAGGGCGGAGAGACGGGAGAAGGGAGACAUUGAAGGCGGUGGAAAGAUGGACAUCUAUGAUAUGCUUCUACUCCUUCCACAAAUCGUACGACGACCGCCGACCGCCGAACAAAGGGAGAGACAUCUCGCGGAACAGAGAGAAUCAGAGUUGGCGAAGCCCAUGAUGUGUUCCUCAUGUUUUGUUGGUGCGGUUUUACUUGUUUUCCCGAACAUUCUACCAUCUUCGACGAUCCCUUAG